AUUCGUCUCAAUCUAAAGUUUUGAUAUUUAAUUUCUCAAUAUUUUUUUCUAAUUUUUAUUAAUUUCUCGCUGAAUAGAAAGAUAAAAAUUGCAUCAAGAUGUCUUAUGGAAUGCCCCAAGGUCGAAACCUCCUUAAAGGAUGGCAGCGACGAGGAAUGUUGGAUUCAAAUGCAGGAAAAGACCUUCCAAAAGCUUAUCGGAAAUUUUUCUUAGAAUGGAAAAGCAAAGAUGCAACUCCGGUUCAUUAUAUCCCGAAAGAAGGAAAAUACGUUCGAGAUCCCAGAACUGGCCUCGUAACGCCCGUUCAAAACAUCCCAAUCCCGACGUUGAUUCCGGCCGAGGCACACGAUCAAAUUUGGGGCGGCGAAGGAGUCAUCAAAGGUUUCCAAAAACGCAGCAGAAAAACGCAUCGUGUCCCGCACUUUUGGGUUCCCGUGUUAAAGCGAUAUGUCUUGCACAGUCAAAUCCUCAACCAAUACAUGUCAGUUGUCGUAACGGAUCGCGCGAUGAACCUCAUUCACGAAAAUCAGGGAUUCGAUCAUUAUCUUCUCAAGACGCCGGCAUGCGAUUUGCGACAAUUGCUUCCAUUGCGGAUUAAAAGACAACUUUUGCUUGCCUUGCAAAAUGGAUGUCCCGAUCACAAAGACGAUCCGGAGAAGCAAAAACAGAUUCUCGCGGAGUACGGACAUUAUUUGGAGCAAUAUACGCCCGAGGAGAUCGAUUGGUACGGAUAUUCCUUCACAGAGGCGCUGAAAAAGUUGCAAGAUAUGCAAAUUGCGGCGGAGAAACCCGUGCCGCAUAAACACAUUUUUAGACAGCAAUUGUUGGAGACACUGAAGGCAGCGGGAUUGGCAGAAGCACAAGAAGGCGAAAAGGAGGAAGAGGCGUCGUGGAUGACGAAAUUAAAUCCGUUUUCAAAAACAACGCCAACGACAAAAAGUGAAGUGUGAAGAAUGAAGUGAAUUUUAGUCCAAUAGA